AUGCAUUCCCAAGGCCGUGUUACCUUCAAAUGUGUGCAGCCCUCUCCUCCGAGGAUCAUCUCCUCCUCUCCGCGCGCUCCUCCCUCACCUCCCUCGCAGCCACUCUCCUCACCUCUUGCCAUCCCUCCGCCUCGCUCUCUGCUUUCCCAGCACCCGUAUUUGCCACAGCGUGCGGUGGAUGAGGCAUCACAGGGUCAAGAGGGGGGGCAGUGCGUGCAAGGAGAGGGGGUUCUGGGCGGUGCAGGUGGGAAUUAUGGUUCGAACGCAAGCCGCAUUGCUGUUGCUCCCGUGCAUGCUCCCGUGCCUGGUUCCAUGCCUGCUCCUGUGCCUGCUGCAAUCGUUACUGCGCCCUCUCCUGCACCUCCGCCUGCCACCAUUGCCCCUGCAUCCCUCCCAGUCCCCUUUCAACCCGCCCCCAUUGCACACUCCACCUCCUCCUCCUCCUCCGCCUCUAUCGCCCUCACCACUACUCUCAACCCCACCAUCCCCGCUACUGCUGCACACCAUGCAUCCCCUGCAUUUGAUCCUUCUGAUCCUUAUCCUGCCCCUCCCCCAGUAGCCCCUCCCACACACUUCCUCGCUCACUCUCUCCCACCAACCACUCCCCUUUCAGAAUUUAACACUGCCCUUCCCCCCACCACGGGUGCACCCGCUGCGUCUGCUGCUGCGGCUGCAGUUGCUGCUGCUGCUCUGCCCCCACCGAUGGCUGCACCCUCCUCUGCCCCUCCCACUUCCCUGACACACGAAACCACCAUGAGUGUCUCACUUCAGCUAUUCCCCCCCUCCAUGCCUCCCUCUCUCCCUCCCUCCAUGUCUCCUUCCCUCGCUCCCUCCAUGCCUCUUUCUGCUCCCUCUUCUUCCCUUUCACCUCCCAACCCUUCUCUUGCGCCUCCCCUCUCCGCUCCUCCCCUCUCCACUCCUCCCCUCUCCGCUCCUCCCCUCUCUGCCCCUCCCCUCUCUUGCCCUCCCCUCUCUGCCCCUCCCCUCUCUUGCCCUCCCCUCUCUGCCCCUCCCCUCUCGCUUUUAUCCAUUGACAAUUUCUGGCUCUCACAUUGUUAA